AUGAUAAAGCUAUUACUUGUGUUAAUAACUUUUAGAAGUGUGUUAUGUAGUGUGUUUGACUUUGGGAGUGAUAAGUGUUUGAAUACGUUUACGAAAACUGUUAAAGUCGGCGACACAUUCGUGAACACUUAUCGCCCUAAAAAUGUUAAAAGGAUUGUGAUGUCUCAAAGUAAGUCAAUUACACUUUCGGACACACACAAACUGACCCUUUUGAUGUUAGUUUUGAAGGACAACGAGGUCAGACAGGCACAAAUUACCUGCUCUGACUCAACUCGCAACCAUGAAUUAUUUGACAUGUUUUAUGUUCAACAGGAGGGGAAAUGGGAACCGGUGAGUUCACAGAUUUUUGAUUCAAAUUUCAUACAAUUAGCUCAAAACGUUAAGAAGUUUGACCUACUUAAACUAGGUGAAGGAUGGUACAAGUGUAGUGGUGAUGCUUCUGAAAUUUUAUGUCAAAUUGAGGACAAUUACCUUGUUGAAAGUGUUGUAAUAGAUAACUCAGUUCUAUGGCUAAAUGAGAACAAUUUAGAGGUUUUUGCAAUAGCAAUCACACUCAAAACUGGCCAAAAAUCAAACAAAUUAAUGUGUAAAAUAUACUUUACCUCGCAAAAAUCAAGCGACAUUGUUGAAAUCGAAAAACAAAUCAAUGACUCACAUGCAAACAAAAUUAAUUCUCUUCUUUCCAAAUUUUCAACUAGAUCACCAGGAACUGAUACUAAAAAACCCUCUAUACCACCAGAAAAUGAAGUUACAUUACCAACUAAAUCUGAAGAAACUGAAGUUAGAGAACCAGUAUCUUCGCCUACAACAUUGGCUCAGGCAAAAGAUGGAAUAAAAUUAGCAUCUAAAUUAAUAGGUAUAAGAUUGGACUGUGAUGAGGAUUCUGUUGAUCCAACCCAUACUGUAAAUGGGUAUAUAAGUUUGGGGUUGAAUACAAUAAAGUAUGAGCCAAGGCCAGGCGUCAAGGUUUUAUGUCUCAGGGAUGGAAAUGCAAGGAUUUGGGAGUCAUACGGUGAGGAUAAGAUUUUAAAGACAGCCACUUUUUACAACUUUGAAAACAGUAACAUCCUUCUCGAAAUUAAAUAUACUUUAAAGUGUAAAAAAUGUUUUUGUACUAAGACUUCAGAUAAGGUUAAAUAUUAUAUGAAAGAUGGAACAUGGUUUACAUUAACUGAUAAUGAGUUUUUUACUCAAAUAAGGGAAUUACAAGACAUAGCAACUCAAAAUACUGCGUUGAGGAGUGUAGAUAAAAGUACUAAUUUUGCAGCCAAAUUGCUCUCAACUUUACCUGUAGGAGAAAAUGAGAAUGAAAACAGACUCCGUAACAUCAAUCUAAUCUUCGAAAACCAAGAGCAAAACGAGUACAAUAUAAGCGGUUAUUUGAUGGACGGUUUAGAAACUUCAUUUUAUGAACCCAAACCAAACUGUGUGGUAAAAGAACUGAUGGAUAAGACCGUCAGAAUUUGGGACAAUGAGAAGGGGAAAAAGCUGUUUAAGCAUGCCAAAUUCAGUUACAAAGGUAAUAGUCACAUUUAUUUGGAGGUUUUAUACUCCGAUAUAGGGGAACCAGGAACCAAAACCUUAAAUAAAACUGCCUAUUUCAUCAAAAGAGCUAAAUGGUUCUCUUCCAAUCAGGAUGAUUUUUACGGUGAACUUGACGCUCUUAUUGACAAGGUAACCAUGAGAAACGUAAUUGUUCAUGAGAAAAUGACGUUUGAAGAACACACUCAAAACCUUAAAUUUCAUAGAGAACGGAAAAAUGACAAAAAUUGGCUAACUAGGAUUUUUAAACGUGAACCUGAGGUAAUUAUUACAGAUGAGUCUAAGCCCAUAGAAUGUAAUAUAUUAGAAGUUGAUAAGGAAAAGUUUAUUAUAGAAGUGAACAAUAAGGAGGCGUUUAGUAUUUAUACACCUAAAAUCGGUUUUGCAUUGACCAGGCUAUUUGAUGAAGAUAGGCUAAUCUGGUACCAGGAGAAGGAUGGACUUGGAUGCACAACGUUUUACAUUGAUUUGAGCGGUGAGAACCCACUUUUACAUCUUCUGGUAGAUGACCCUCUGGACUCGCACAAAUACUACAAAAAACACGAAAACAACUGGCACAUUAUUGAUGAAAAAGAGUAUGAAGAAAUAAGGAAAUCACCCAAAGGAAAAGUCAGCCAAUCAGAUUUUCAUCGAAUCUCAUAA